UUGCUCCUCAGCCAAUGUGUGUGAAGACUCCUGCACUUUUCUGAGCCAACCUUCUCAAGCCAGCUUGCACUGCAUCAUGAUACAGAGGGUUACUCUGACUUUGCUUCUCUGGGGUAGUUGUGGUUGGCUCAUCUCAAACUGUGAAGGCCAAGAAUUAUUUCCACCAAGUACCAUUGCAAACUGUUCCUGUAAGCUUGGCCAUGGGAAGUGUGCUGAAGAUGGCGACUGCAGAUGUGACCCAGGUUGGGGAGGACCCUUUUGUGAGGACUGUGUGCGAAUGCCCGGCUGUGUCCAUGGCUCCUGUCAUCAGCCAUGGCAGUGCACUUGUUUGGAUGGCUGGACAGGCCGCUUCUGUAACAAAGAUGUUCAAGUGUGUGAAAAUGAAAAGCCAUGUCAAAACGGGGCCACCUGUUUUCUAAAUGAUGCAGGAGAGUACAACUGUUUGUGUCCUGAAGGCUUCCAUGGAAAAAACUGUGAGUUAAAGACUGGGCCAUGCCAUAAAAUCAAGUCCCCCUGUAAGAAUGGUGGCUUAUGUGAGGAUCGAGGUGGCUUUGCACCAGAGCUCUCUUGUCGAUGCCUAGUCGGCUUCACAGGACCUCGCUGUGAGACCAACAUGGACGACUGCCUGAUGCGUCCCUGUGCAAAUGGUGCCACUUGUGUGGAUGGCGUGAACCGCUUUUCGUGUCUAUGCCCCGCUGGGUUCACAGGCCGCUUCUGCACUGUCAACCUGGAUGACUGUGCCAGUCGGCCAUGCCUCAAUGGAGGCCGCUGUAUAGACCGCGUCACCAACUUUCACUGCCUGUGUCCUGCUGGAUACACAGGUCGAACUUGUGAGGUUCCAUUGGGGCAAAAGGGGCUCCAAACCCAAGCACCACACAGGGACUCCUUUGGCUGGGGAGGAGGAGGGUUUCCAGAACUCUCCAAAUUACCCAGUUUUACUCCAAAUAAGCCGCACACCUUCACCACAGGAAACUACUCCCACGGUGUUACAACUAGUGGGGAUAAGGGCCAUCUUCUGAAAAUCUCUGUAAAGGAGGUAGUGACUCAGAGUGCAACAGCAGGACUCCCGGAGGAACAUUUUAUAAUCCUGCUGGUAUUAGGAGGCCUGACUCUGGCUGUGGUGGCACUUACAGCAGGCCUGGUGCUACGAGGGCACUGGCAGAAUAUCUGUGCCUGCAGUCAUUGUAGAGCACCGACCUCUAAACAACAUUCAUUCCAGCGAUGUCGCAUGCAGCAGCGCCACUUAGCUGCCACUCAGCAGGACUGCAAGAUCAGCUUCCUGCACUCAUCUGCGCCCCCUGAGCUGGAGAAAAAGAGACUAAAUACAGAGGUUAUAUGAAGCUACGGGGGAAAAGACUGCUUGACUGCUCAUAGUAAAGAUGGGUCAUGUUUAAUGAAAAAGGGUCCCAUUUCUGUUUAUGACCUUAAAUGACCCGCUCACACCAGCUGUCGUUCAAGAAGAGAAGGAGCCGACUGAAGUGCAGGUAAACUGAAAGGAUAAGAAAGUCUUGAAGAGAACGUCAGUGAAAAGCACUCCUGAGAAAAAAAGAGCACUUGACUAAUCAUCGUGGACUGAAUGAUGCCAUGAUGGCGCAUACAGCACUGAAGAAGCAUUAAGGCAAAAAAAAAAAAAGUGUAGAAAGGACCAUAGGAAUGUCCUUUACAACGCAAUGAAGAAAAGUACUAUACUAUUCCUGUUUUAUACAAAAAAGACUUUUUUUUUUCUAUCCUACGAAAACAAGAUGUUGCUCUUAAAUCUAAAGGUGUUUUCACACUUGGUCCAGUUCAGUGCCCCGACUGAUCUCAGAUCGAUGACUCGCCGUUUUCUGGUCAUGCGUGAACACAACAGAUGAACUCGGACUUCUCUAAAAUGACCCACUGACGAACUGUUCUCAGACCGGUUCAUUUAUGGUUCAUUUUGUGGUCCACUUGAUUUGUGAAAACAAAGUGGUCUCAGUCCACUUCACAUUUUGCUUUUGUAUUUGGCUAUUCGGUCGAAUCUGACUCAAAAAUCACAUUUGAUCCAGAGGAAUAGUAAAGUAGUAUACGGAAGCUACUAGUGUAGACGUCUCCCAGUCUUCAAAUGCAGAAGUUGUCUAAUAUAGAGACAACUUGUAAAUGAUAACUGAAUAUUUGUGUUGUUUUAUAUCUGUGAAUGUGAUUUUUGUAUAAAAUUUGGAAGAUUUGUUAUGGGUCCAAGCACACACUACUGGAGCUUUCUUGUUUUGUGAUGGGGAGCUAUCAGGCCUGGAAACGCAAAAAUCAGGCAAGUAAAGGGACCUUGAUCAGUCUCAUCAUGGCCCUAUAGCAGACUUUUUUUUUUUUUAUUUGUUUAUUUUGCCCAAAUAAUCUGACUGGAAGAAAUUUCCAUUUGAUUGGAUUUUAAAUUAAUUUCUAUAAUAUGCAAAACUUAGCACUGCAUCUGUAGAACUCUUGAUAAAAAAAAAAAAGUUGACAUCUCCAAACAAUAUGACCACCACGUGCCAAUUAAUCCUUCCAUGGUGGAGUUUGAUUAGUGCGGAUAACUCAUGAAGACUUUGCUGGAUUCUCGUUAAACUUGAAAGUCUGCAGCAAAUGAUUUGAGAGGAUAUCGCCAAAUAUGAGCUGCAUUUAUUAACCAGGGUGACCUAUAAUUUUCAAUUUAUUGCUUCUUAGAGAUUGCUUGUCGAAGUAAGCUGACCAUUUGUGUGCUACAUCUUUGCUCGUCUAGCUUUUAACAGGCUUAGCAUUGGCCAUGGGUGGCACGGUGUUGCAGUGAUUAGCACGGUCAUCUCACAGCAAGAAGGUUCUGGGUUCGAGCCCAGUGGUGGACGGGGGCCUUUCUGUGUGGAGUUUGCGUGUUCUCCCCGUGUCUGCGUGGGUUUCCUCUGGGUGCUCUGGUUUCCCCCCCCAGUCCAAAGAUGUGCAGUUAGGCUACUCUAAAUUGCCCAUAGGUGUGAAUGUGAGUGUGUGUGUGUGAGAGAGAGAGAAUGUGCAGAAAGGAACUGGCCACCCUACUGCUGCAAUGCUGGCCAAGUCAACCAAAUAUGGUUCGCCUCAAGCCUGGAUCAGGUUCGGCAGUGACUACGACCAUUGGUCAUACUACAAGUAAUGACUUCAUCAGAUUUGGAGUCUGUAUCUCUAGAGUCACCAAAAGGCAAGAGGUUGAGCUAACAUUUCGACUAUUAUUUUUGACCUGUAUUCUUUAAUAUCAUAAUUAAAAAAAAAUCAAAGGAUGACAAGCAGAUUAAGCUGUAUGGAAAAAUAUCAAAUGGAUUUUUGAAAUUCACAAGAUCAAAAUUUGGAGCAAAGACGCCAAAAAUUAAAGGCCAUAUCUAUGCAGUUCUUAUUGUUGUGAUAUAAACCAUGGUAUUAUUUGGCACCGCAGCCUGAGGGUGCCCAGAUUGUUUUGUCAUUUGACCACAGUGUGGUCCUAAAACAUGCACAUCACUGAACAUGACUUUAUGAAGCAUUUGUCUAAACUCAUGCUUUGUUCCUCCUGAAUGCCUGGAACAUAAUGGGUCCAGUGAAUGCAAGUUUUCUUGCCACCUUGUUGAAUUAUCUGUCAUUUUGAAUUUGAACAAAGGUAAAUCUUAUUAUCCAUCCAUCCAUCCAUUAUCUGUAGCCGCUUAUCUUGUUCUACAGGGUCGCAGGCAAGCUGGAGCCUAUCCCAGCUGACUAUGGGCGAGAGGCGGGGUACACCCUGGACAAGUCGCCGAGUUAUUGCAGGGCUAGGUAAUCUUAUUACAAAAUUUCAUGAAGCACAGCUUGAUGAGAUCCAGACUGUGCCAGACAAAGAUAUUUAAAAAAUAAAAUUAAAUUCCGCUUUUGAUGCGAUACCAAAGACAACCACAAUAACAACAAACAGGAAAUCAGGACAUGGUUUCACACCUCUUUUCUUCAAUGACACCAGUAUUUGUGCUUGGCUUGAGAGAACUAAAUUCCUUUUAGCAUUUGGCAGUUAAGCAGUGCUACAGCUAAUGAAGUGAGAUCGUAUCUCAUGAACAAGUUCUUGUAAUUCUUGUACUGACACCAAAUUGUAUAUUUGUCUUUGGCACUAUUCCCACUUCUCACACUACUGCAUGGCGUUUGGCCAAAAAGGAAGCGCGAGUCUGUAUCUCUGUGGCACUUUUGUGUAUUGGUUCUGAACUUGAUACCCAUCAUUAAACAUGUUCCCUGAUGUGCAGAUAGAUCAAUAGGGGGCACUAUGACAACAAAUGCAAUGUUGGAUUUGCUUCGGAAAUAACACUUGGACUCCAUUGACCAUCACUUCCAGUUAUAUAUAUAUUAAUCUUAAUACGUUGCCUGUCAUUGCAACCAUUUCGAUAAAUCACUUUGGAAAAACUUGACAAAACGUGCAGUUCCUUCAUUGAUGUACA